AAGCCGCCCGCUGGACGCGCAGCUCCGCCGGGUAAGCAGCCGCCGGUCCUCGGCCUCCUCCUCCAGCCCGCAGUGAGACGGCGCUGAGCGGUCACCAUGCCCGGCAUCGACCGCACGCUGCUGCUGCUGUGUUCGUUCGGCUUCCUCUCCAGCCUGCGGCCGUCGGAGCCCUUCCUCACCGCGUACCUGAUGGGCCCGGACCACAACCUCACCGAGACACAGGUUGUCAAUGAAAUCUAUCCAAUAUGGACGUAUUCCUACCUGGUGUUGCUGUUCCCCAUCUUCCUGGCCACUGACUACCUCCGGUAUAAGCCCAUACUGAUCCUGCAGGCCGCCAGCCUAGUCGUGACCUAUGUCAUGUUGCUGAGUGCGCAGGGCGUGCUGGCCAUGCAGCUCCUGGAGUUCUUCUUUGGACUGGCUACGGCCUCGGAGGUGGCCUACUACUCCUACAUCUACAGCGUGGUAGAGCCGGCGCACUACCAGAGAGUGACGGGUUACUGCCGCAGCAUCACCCUGUUCGGAUCGGCUGCUGGAUCUCUGACCGGCCAGCUGCUGCUCUCCGUGGCCAAAGUUCGGAUAGUCCACCUGGUCAUCAUCACCCUGACGACGGCUGCCGUGGCCUCCGUCGCGCCCUGGUUUCUACCCAUGCCCAAGAGAAGCUUGUUCUUCCACAAGAGUCCAGGAGCGGCGGUGGAUAAGCAACGCAGCAGCAGCACAGCUCUGUUGGAGAAGGCCGAGGAUCCGGAGAGCAAGUUGCCUCCGAGCAGCCAGGACGUCUCCACAAUAUCCAGUUCGCCUGAGACAGGAGGUCCUAGCAGCGGUCUUGUGGAGGUCUUCAAGGUGCUGUUUGCGGACUUCCUGAAGUGCUACAGAUGUCCGUCCCUGCUCUCCUGGUCCCUGUGGUGGGCUCUGGCCACCUGUGGAUACUUCCAGGUCAUCAACUACGCACAAGUGCUAUGGGAGAACGUUCGGCCAUCCCAGGACUAUGAAAUCUACAACGGCUACGUGGAGACGUUGGCCACACUGCUCGGGGCUCUGGCGGCCCUGCUGGUGGGCUACCUGCCUGUGUGCUGGGCUCUUUGGGGAGAGCUGGUCCUGUGUGUCCUCUCCCUGCUGAUGGCUGGAUGCGUGUUUGCCAUGGACACGGUGAGGAACAUCUGGCUGUGCUACAUCUCAUACGUCCUCUUCAGAGCCAUCUACAUGCUGCUCAUCACCGUGGCGACGUAUCAGAUUGCGGCCAGUCUCAACAUGCAGCGCUACGCCUUGGUGUUCGGGGUGAACACCUUCAUGGCUCUGCUGCUCCAGUCUCUGCUCACUGUGGUGGUGGUGGACUCAGCUGGCCUUGGCCUCGAUGUCUUUCCUCAGUUCCUCAUCUACGGCGGCUACUUUGCUGUCAUUUCUGUGGUCUUCCUCGUCGCUGGGCUUUGGAAAUUGGCCUCCAGGAGGCGCUCCAAGCAGGAGGAGGAGGUCCUGAGCAACAGUCGACCAGAAACAGAGUCCGACUGUUCUCCAGCCAGGUGAUGGCUAUUGAUAGCUUCAAUCAGUAGUGAGCACAGUGACUCCAAAAGGAGAGCUUCAGUAUGAUUUCAGCCACAUAGUUUAUUCUUUGCAUUGUGGGUUAGCCUAGAUUAUUAAUAACUGAAGCUGUAUGACUCCAUGUUGGCCACUGUGUGGCAGAAUGCCUCCAGAACAAGCUGACGGAUGCACAACCCUGACCCGUGGACGUUCUACCGGUCUGAGGCUGUUAUGUUACAUUUGUGAUGAAUGCUGGUUACACACCGAGACCCAAAAGAUGCACUCUAAUCAAAGGAGAGCAGGAAGAGCUGCAGAGUUUAAAGUAUGUUCACAGGUAUGAACGAGCCCUUCCUCUUUCCUCACUUGAUUCAGUCUGUGAUGUAUCUAAAGGUACGCUCUUUGCUGAUCCCUGAUCAGAUGUGAAGACUUCGUCUGAUAGUCACGUUGCACAAUUCUUCAAAUGUUUACUUUCUUUCUGUGGGUUUUUCCCAGCUUAUUGAACUGUGUGCCUUUUAGGCUUGAUGUGAAAAGCUAAAUAAACACCACGAAUGACACCUUGAUAGUAUUUCUAUAUGCCUUAUGUCAUAGAUGGUGUAUUUUACUAUCAUUGCUAAUUAUUGGCACUGAUGAGGAGUAUCAGCAUCAGGUUUAUCAAUAUGUAUCCUUAGUGAAUGACAAUGAAACGUGUGUGUGAUGUUGUUAGGCUUCUUGUAUCCGGACAAGAUGUUGAUUACUGCAAUGCACAUGUCACCCAGGGCAACAGUGGAAAACAUGGCUGCCACACUCCUCCCACACAGUGCCAGUAACAUAGCUUAUCUUGGAGCACUAGCAAUAAUGCCUUUACAUUUUUUUUUCCUAAUAUUUAUUAAUGUCAUUGACUAAACUCAUGUCACUUAAUAGAAAUUCAAAACCACUCAAACCAGUGUUGGAUUAGCAUCUUCACAGCUGUAGAUGUGUAAUAACUGUUUGUUCUGCAGUGCAGUCACAGUGAUACUUCAUAUGAAUGUUUAUCAAUAUGCACAUAAAUGACGCAAAUACGUUUUCCUAUCAGCCAACAAAUAGAAGAAAUAGCUCGAACAAUUUAACAAGUCAGAUGAUCUGAGCAAGUUGGAUGAAACGCAUUUGUCGCUGCUUUUAUGACGACUGUAUUUUUUAAUAUCUCUUCGUACAACAGCAAUAAACCGAUGGAUUCUAAUGAUAUAUUAUAUUUUGCUGUGUGAAAUGGCUGCUCUCUGUUUCCCCUGAAGGUUUGUUUCUGCGUUUAGUUCCUUUUGGACAUUUUGGUGGAGGACGGGCUGCCUCAGGACACCUUCUCUUAUUUAGUGUGUUGUAUGAAGGUUGACUUUUCCUCCUGUUCAUUCCAGAUUUAUAUUCAUUUCUUUGCACUAUUUCAUACGUUGCGCCUUCAUGAAAUCCUGCGUGUUGCAGUGUGUUACUCACCUGGAGGGUGUGGACACAUUCACAACACGCCUCAGAGCUGCUGUCUCCAUUUCUAUCCCAAAGAAAUCAAAAUGGUUUGCCCAAUCAUGUUUUUGUGUUAUGAAUGGGUGUGU